AGGGGGUGAGGCUGGUGGACGGCCCCGAGAGAUGUUCAGGGAAGCUCCAGCUGAGGUCCACUGGCUCGUGGGCUUCAGUGUGUUCUGUCUCCUUCAGCUCAGAGGCUGCUCUAGUUGCCUGUAGAGAUCUUGGCUGUGGGUUCGCAGAUACUUUCCAUGGGAGAGGUCUUGGCGCCCAAUCUCAAAUCUGGGGUCCGCUGUUUCAGUGUGAAGGCACAGAGAAGCAUCUCAUGGAUUGUCCUUCCACUAUGCUCAACGCCACGGAAACUGACCCAAGUGAAUGUAGAAAUACUUUCCUACACUGUGUUGAACGUCCAAGACAACCUUUUGCCAAGCUGUAUACCUUUCAGGGGCCUGUUCAUUACAAGAACAGAGAGCUUUUGAAGGGCCAUCGCUUUGCCAUCUCUUGCUCCUACGCUUCACCCUACAAUGUUUCCUCCAUCCGCCUCCGCUCCGGGGACGGCAGUGACCCCUCCUCUGAGCAGAUUAAGGCCCCUAAUCAGAAUGAAGCAAUCUUCCUCUUCCCUGCUGCAGAGAAUUACCACCAAGGCACCUAUCAAUGUGACUACAACUUUGAUUUCAGUCAAGAAAUCUUCUCUGAGCCAGAGAUAAUGCACCUCACUGUAAAAGAUCUGGAGGAUGUGAGGCUGGUGAACAUGCAGAGCCGCUGCGCUGGAGCACUGGAGGUGCAGCACCAGGAGGAGUGGAGAGCUGUGAGCUUCCUGCAUUCCUGGAGCCUGCGGGAGGCUGCUGUGGUGUGCACACAGCUGGGCUGCGGCACCCCAGUCUCCAGCAGCAGAGUCCAGCUGCCUGGUGCCGCCCGGCCCGCAUGGCGCUUCUACUCCGACUGUGAUGGCUCUGAAGGGGCACUGAUGGACUGUGGCUCCGUGAGGAAGUGGCUCUCCUCUUCAGGCUCCACUCAAGUGGUCUGCUCAGACAUCCUGCUUCCUCCCAACAGGCCUGUUAUUUCUACGAGGGGUUACUAUGACGACCAGGAGCGGGAUGUGCUGCUCUUCAAGGGCCGCAGCUUCUCUCUCAACUGCUCCGUGGAGCCACAGUACCCCGGAGGUUCCUUCAGCCUCAUGCUCACUGGCUCUAACCCAACCAGCUACACCCUGCCAGCUGUCAAUCACUCUGCCUUCUUCAGGUUUGCUGCUGCAGAGCCCGCCCACCAAGGGAACUACAGCUGUGUUUAUCACAACUAUGUUUUCCAUCAGAACUUCUCUGCUGAGGGCCAGAGCCUCUCUCUCAUUCUUCAAGUGGACUACGAUGUCAUGCUGGAUGAUGGAGUGCUCAGAGAGGACGACAGUGAGGCCUGUGCUGGCAGACUGCUGAUGUUGCAGGAGGAGUGGAGGCUGCUGAGCACAGGGUCCAGGCUCUGGGACCUGAAGCAUGCUGCUCUGGUGUGUCGACAGCUGGGCUGUGGUUCUGCUGCUUCAACCAAACAGAUUGAUCUUCUCCACAACAUGCUUGUGUCCAGAUUCUUCUCUGACUGUGAUGGAUCAGAGUCUGCACUGAUGGACUGUGGGUCUGUGCAGCUCUGGUUCUCUUCCACUGCGAUUGAAGUGGUCUGCACAGGUAUUUCUGCUGUGCCUGCAGGCCACCAGGGGGCAGCAGGCCGGACAUGAAGCUGGAACAGCGCCACCUUGAGGUUCCUCAUGGAGAAGACAGACCUUAUAUUAGUUUCAAUAGAACUCCAACCUUAUGUGGAGGUUGUGUUUAAGAAUGUUGUUGUAUUAUUUGAUGCCAUUGAUUCACUUCAAUGGAAUGAGCUGUUAUGAACCUAGCAUUGCCUACUUGUAUGGAGAAUGUGAAGCAAAUAAUCUUACUCAUAUUUAAUACAUGGUAUUGUCAUGGACUUCAUUUGAUUUGGAAACAUGUUCUGUAGGUAUGUUCUUGUCAGAGUUACAGAGCCUCUUGGUGCUAACACUUAGAAAGCUUUGUAAUUUCUGUUUUCUGUCAGAAUCAGACAACUAUAAGCAAUAUCAAUGACUAUUUACUGAAAAUGGAUUAUAAGACUAGCUGAGUGCGAAUAACAUUCUGUGGCUUCGCAGCAGCUGGCCCUAGGCUCUGGAAUAGUCUCCCAUGUGAGGUCGGCCCAGACACUAGGGGUUUUUAAAUCCUCACUAAAGACUUCUCUCUGGCCUUCUAGUCAGAGCGCAGUAUGACACCUGACUAUUCCCUGUGUUUUUGUUUUUUAUAUUUCCGUUGUAAAUUAUUGUCUUUUAUUGUGAUUGGAGUGUUUUUAUUACAUGCACUUUGGCUCGACCAAAAAUCGCUUUUAAAUGUGCUAUAUAAAUAAAUCUUGAUUUGAUGCA